AUGCUUCUUGUAGGUAUCUCCACCAAAGACAGCGAAGAAGAUGUGAGUAAAAUGUCCAAAAAACUCCUCAGUCUCAGAGUGUUUGAGGAUAUGACCCAGCCUCCAGAGACCAAGACGAAAUGGUAUGGAAAGCCAUGGUCAAAGUCUAUUGUAGAUGUAGAGGGUGAAAUUCUUGCUGUGAGUCAGUUCACGCUUUACGGAACCAUCAAGAAGGGAACCAAGCCGGACUUCCACAAGGCCGCCAAGGGCGAACAUGCCCAUGAGUUGUACCAUAUGUUCUUGGACCAAUUGAAGGUAGGCUUGGGUGACGAUUCUAAGGUUAAAGAUGGCGAAUUUGGGGCCAUGAUGGACGUAGCCUUGGUUAACGAUGGACCAGUGACGAUUGUUUGGGAUACCAAUGAUCCCACAUUGUAA